AUGCUGAUGACACAGACCGCAGUGCCGGCACUAGUUCAGGGUCAGAAAAACAACUACAAUCCUCGCAACAAGCCUUCGCGCGAAAACCUCGGCCUCGAACACAGCAGCAAUUACUAUCAAGCCCAACCGACGUUGGAUCAGCCCAACGUCGGCCACGCCUACUCACCCUACUCCCAGGCCAUCACCUCCUCCUCCUCCGUAAUGAAUGGCAUUGCGGGGACCGCCCCGCCGGGCACAAUGUAUGUCCGAGCUCUGUACGACUACGAGGCCGACGACCGCACGAGUCUUAGUUUUCACGAAGGCGACGUCAUCCAAGUUAUCACACAACUCGAAUCCGGCUGGUGGGACGGCGUUAUCAACGGCGUUCGCGGCUGGUUUCCUAGCAACUACUGUCAGAUUGUUACGAGCACCGAUGAGAUCCCCGACCAUGAUCAAAACGGCGAACUCGAACACCUCGACGAUGAGGAGGACAAUCAGGAGGUUUACGAUGAGCAGCUGGAGGAGGAUGACGAGUCGGAACUGGACGACGCCAACGGCCUGCCGCUCGAGGGCGCUGAUCUGGGCGAUAAAUCGAGGGCUGAUUUUUGGAUCCCGCAAGCAACCCCCGAUGGUCGCCUCUUCUACUACAACAUGAUGACGGGCGACCGCAGCAUGGAGCUGCCCUUGGAAUCACCCAGCUCGGCCAACGAGACGGGCCCGCGUAACAGGAUGAACGUAAACAUUCCGGAGAAGACGCGGCCCCCUCCAGAGAUGAUGGCUAGAGGAUUGACUCAGGACGAGGACGAAGAUUCCGAAGCAAACUCGGCCUCCGAGCUGGAGGGCGAGUCGUUGAUGCUCGCUUCCCGCGGGUCUCUGCAGCCUCGUAAUCGUCGUUCUCGCAGCGAGAUGCUUUCGCCCUCUACUUCCAUGGACUCGAUGAACGGUGCAGCGCAGGUUUCCAGGGGGAAGAAUGAAGCGUACCUGAACCCGAACCUUGCGCCCAACGCGACGCCGAUGAUUGCGUCGGCCACGUCGUUCACCAGCACGUCGUACAACACGCCGCCAACCAGCACCGUGCCUCGCUCCUUUUUUGAUGACGGCUCGGCGCCGCCUUUGACAUGGACACGCCUUGUCUCCAACAUGCGCAGGGCCGUAGAUCGAUACCGCGAUGCCAUCACCAGCAACAAUCGCUCCGAAUAUGUUGCACGCGCCGAGGACAUCUCUGACCACCUCAGGUUACUCCUGGCCGCCGGGUCUGGCACUACUGACAACCAUUCUGGCCAACCCUCUAUUAUCUCGACGAACAAGGCUCUCUACCCUCACUUCAGGGACAUGAUGUCCAAGUUCUCCAAACUCGUGAUCUCAUCUCACAUAGCUGCCGCUGACUGGCCUAACGCUGAAUCGGUACAGAAAUGCCUUCAGGAGGCCGACGGUGUGUUGCUCGGGGUUUUCAGCUAUGUCGAAAUUGCUCGCCAGCAGCGAGGAGAAGAGAUCCCCCGGCUUUUCCCUGGGUUCGUCAUUGGCAGUUCCACCGGCGGUAGUUGGCAGAAUAACGGCCUCGGCUCUCGCGAUCCCAUCACUGCGAACUUCCUAGAAGAUGAAGAGGGUGUCGUGGAGCCCACGGCGAUGCUGGACGGUAAACUUCUCGAGAGGCUGGACGAGCUCAAGCGGAUGCUUGUAUUCAGUAUAAGAGAGCUGGACAAGCACUUGGUUGUGGCGGACAAGAUCAUGACAUCUUUCAAGCAUGAAAUCAUCGGCAACAAUGUCUGCUCGGCCGGAGGCAAAGUUCUCGAGAUGUUCAAACCAUGGUACGCGCUUAUCGAGUCCAUCGAUCUCUCGUCGCUCGGAAACAGCUUCCAAACGCCUCAGCUGGCGGAUUUCGCCGCCAACAAGCAGAGCCUGUACGAUAACAUCUCAGACCUCGUGGUGGGCUGCCAAGCCGUGGCCGGACCUUUGGCUGAUGAAUGGGCCGAGGUGCGCGGCGAAGCUCUGGAGAACCGUCUCGAGUACGUCCGCCAGUGUGCCAAGGCACUCGAGACGAAUUCGUCACACAUUGGAUUCUCCUUGCAACUAUUGUCGGAGCAAGUGCAGAUCAACAUGCAGCAGCAUGUCGAUUCCAGGCAAAGAGAAGAUGUCAUUCAGCGCGAACAGCUUCGCAGAGGGGACACUAUGCCGUACGACCGCCCCCAUCAACGUACGGAGUCGCGGACGACGCCAAUAGCGGUGCGGCCUCCCAUGAUCACCUCGCAAUCAUUCACCGAAGGUGACACUACUGGAAAUUUCCGAGGAGGCGAUUACUCAAAGGUUAAGAAAAUUUUGGGCGAUGAUCCGAACCCUCAGAGCAAUGUCCCCCCGGUUGAUGAAACGCCGGAGUUCCUCAAGUUGGAUCACGAGCCGGAUCUGGCAUGGGAUAACAAGCUUGCGCCACCUAUCGUCAAGGGCGGUACGUUGGAGGCCCUCGUUGAGCAGCUGACGCGCCACGACAAGCUAGACUCCAACUUCAACAACACGUUUCUUCUUACCUACAGGUCUUUCACGACAGCGCAGGACCUGUUUAAGCUUCUCGUCAACCGCUUCGGUAUUCAGCCACCCGAAGGUCUGUCUCAACAGGAUUUCGAAGCCUGGCGGGAUCGGAAACAAAAGCUCAUCCGCUUCCGGGUGGUCAACAUCUUGAAGAGUUGGUUCGACAACUUCUGGAUGGAGGAGCACAACGAGGAAUCGAAACAGCUUAUCCGGGAUGUUUACACUUUUGCGCGGGACACGGUUAAGUCAACGGAGACACCCGGCUCUGCGCCGCUCAUGUCGGUCUUGGAUCAAAGGCUCAGCGGCCAGCAAGCCGGAGCCCGCCGCAUGGUCCAGACGCUCAAUCAAAACACGCCGUCGCCAAUCAUGCCCAAGAACAUGAAGAAGCUCAAAUUUCUGGACAUUGAUGUCACGGAAUUCGCCCGUCAGCUCACAAUCAUCGAGUCUAGGUUGUACGGCAAGAUCAAGCCCACAGAAUGCCUCAACAAGACGUGGCAGAAGAAGGUCGCCGACGGAGAGCCUGAACCAGCACCGAACGUUAAGGCACUCAUCUUGCACUCGAACCAGAUGACAAACUGGGUGGCAGAGAUGAUUCUGGCUCAGAUGGACGUGAAGAAGCGGGUCAUCGUGAUCAAGCACUUUGUCGCUGUUGCGGACAAAUGCCGGAGUCUCAACAACUUCUCUACGCUCACCUCGAUCAUUUCGGCACUAGGCACUGCGCCCAUCGCUCGCCUUAAGAGAACGUGGGACCAGGUACCGCAACGGACGCAAGGUGUUUUGGAAACCAUGCGAAAGCUCAUGGCCAGUACAAAGAACUUUGGAGAAUACAGAGAGGCUCUACACGUGGCGAAUCCGCCUUGCAUUCCUUUCUUCGGUGUUUACCUGACCGAUUUGACCUUCAUUGAAGACGGAAUCCCGUCCAUUAUCAAGAAGACCAACCUCAUCAACUUUGCCAAGCGGGCGAAGACGGCCGAGGUAAUCCGUGACAUUCAGCAGUACCAGGCCGUCGGGUACUCAUUGCAGCCUGUCCCGGAGCUACAGGACUACAUAAUAAGCAAUAUGCAGGCCGCAGGAGAUGUGCAUGAGAUGUACGACAAGAGCCUGCAAGUGGAGCCGCGCGAGCGAGAAGACGAAAAGAUCGUGAGGUACGUAGCAUUGCGAGAUCAACCCGGAGUGUUUGGGGCGGUUUCGUUUUGGGGUUAG